GGUACAUUCCAUGUCGUACCCGGAAGCAGCUUGAAAACAUCUCAAACGCGCGCACCAUUUGAUUUAAAGAAAUACUUAAAAAAUAAAGUGGUAAAGUUUAUCAGCCUGUACCGUAUCCUGAAUCAGAAAAAAGUCUCAUAACCAAGAGUUGAAACUCUGAUCUGAAACCAGCUUUACCAGGACACCAGCAUGCAGCAGGACUCCAGCCGCAGUCCCAGUUACACUGUGAAGUGUGAGGACUACGUUCAUGUGGUUGAAUUCAGUCCUUUCAGCUCUGGUACCCCUGCCUCUCUCCUGGCCUACGGUGGAAACCAGUAUGUGGUCGUCAGCACCUGCCUGUUUCAGGAGGAGGAUAUGGAGGUUGAGGGAGUUGAGUUCAAUGUUCUUCGAGCUUUCCAUCAUGGAUUGCGAGUCGAUGCUCUCGCCUGGAGUCCUGAGUCCAGGCUGGACAGGAUACCCACUAUCAGAUUUUGCACCGCUGCAGCUGACAGAAAGCUACGCCUGCUGACUUCUGAUCUUCAGGAUAGGCAUGAAGUCAAGGUGAUGGAGGGCCACACUAGCUUCAUUAACCAUUUGGUGUUCGAGCCCACAGAAGGGAAACAAAUUGCUUCCGUCAGUGAUGACCACACUUGCAGGGUGUGGGACCUGGAUGGAAAUGAAAGCACUACUCUCAGACUCCGCUCUCCUGGGAUGAGUGUGUGCUGGCACCCGGAGGAGGCCUUUAAGUUAAUGGUGGCAGAAAAGAAGGGAACUAUUCGUUUCUAUGACCUGGUGGCCAAGCAGGCCAUCUUGUCACUGGACUGUGGUCAGUCACCACUCAUGUCAGCCGACUGGUGCCUCACGAACACAAUCAAAGUUGGGGCCGUGGCGGGCAACGACUGGCUCAUCUGGGACAUAACUCGCUCCAGUUACCCACAGGAAAAAAGACCAGCCCACAUAGAUAAAGCACGGUUAUUCAGGUGGUCUCGAGCCAAUGAAAACCUCUUCGCCACCACUGGAUGUCCAGGAAAGAUAUGCAGUCAGUUACUCAUCCACCAUCUUGGCCACCCACAGCCGGUGACAAUCGGGUCGGCAACAGUAGGAUCGGGCCUGAGCUGGCACCGGACGCUCCCACUCUGUGUGAUCGGCGCUGACAGGAAACUUUGCUUUUGGAUGACUGAAAUGUAGACAUCUGUACAGCACCUUUCAUAAUGGACAACUUAAGUCCAACUCAGUGUUUCUAUUCUAGUAAAUGUCAAAUAAAAUAAAUAUUUUUCUGAGUA